AUGAGUAGUGGUAGUUAUUCUGCUACUGGCGGCAAUGUUGGUGAGAACAACACCAAUUCGGGAAUACGUAAUUUCAAACAAGCAAUUAAAAUCCCCAAAGCUACAUAUCAAUACCUUGAGUUUCUUCAACCAGAUACAAGACUUUUUAAUAAAGUUUUAGUACCUGUUCCAUCGGGUGAUGAAACAUUACAAGCAUUAAGAGUGGUAGCGUCAACAAUUGUUAUAGCACUUCAUUCAGUUGGUAAUAAGUUAGAAUUGAUUGAAAUAAAUCCACCACUUAAAUUACAACGUUUACGUCAAGCUAAUUUACCUAAAGCAUAUCAACCUACAAUUGAUUUACACUCACUUGGAUCUGGUUUACGUGCAAUGGGUCGACGACGAGAAUCACAAAUUAGUCAACAUAGCAGGCGUCGAAUGUCUAGAACACAUUCAAUUCACGAUUCCGUGCCAAAUAUUCAUAGUAUAAAAACAAUUCAGUCAACUACUAUUCAUACAGAUGAUGAUAACAAUCAAUUAGCAUCAUUUUCAAAGCUUAACGGAAAUUUAAUUAAACAAAGAUUAAAACAAAUUAAGCUUCCAAAAAUAUCAUUUAAUUUUGGUCGAAAUAUGCGAUCAACAGUUGAACAGAGUGGAAAUGAGGAACCAACAAUUUUGGAAAAAGUCAACAAUACCGAACAAGUUAAAGAUGAAUCGAAAUCGGAAACUAUAGAUUGUAGAGGUUUCUGUUCACCUAAACUCAAGUUAAAACAUAAAAAUAAAAAUCAUAUACACACUAAAAAUGAUGAUCAUAAUGAUGAUGAAGACAACAACGAUGUCGACGUAGAUGAUGAUGAUGAUGAUGGUGAAAGAGACGAAGAGACUGAAGAUACUGAUAAUAGUCAUUGUACAGGAGAUGAAACUGACAUUGAUCUGACUGAUGACGAUUCAUUAUCCGAAGAUAAUCAUCAUCAAUCAAAGAAUAGACUUAUAACAACUUAUCAAUUGUCAACAGAAUUUCCUAAAUUUAGACGAUCAACAUAUCAUAGUGUCGAUGAAUCAUAUACACAUAAAAAUCAUAUUGUACCAAUAGCACUGCAUCAAUCAUUAUUCUCAACAUCAAUAGCACAGUGGAGAAAAUAUUCACAUUCAGAAUCGGAUUUACUUAAAAAAUUUCCAGUAUUCACAUUAUCAUCAACAUCUUCAUCUUACAAUAAUUAUUCACCAGGCAGUCAUUGUCAACAAAAUCGACAAUAUAAAUCACGAAAAAAACUAAUGCGAGAAUCAUAUCAAGCUAUAAAUAAAUCUAAACUUUCAUUAGAAUUAAAUCGAACUAUUGGAGAUAAUAAAAAUGAAUCAACAAUAAUUACACAAGAAGUACCUCAAGUUUAUGUUGAUGGAAUGAAUCCAAUCGGAAAUGAAAAACAAAUCAAUCUAGAAUUGGCUACUGCUACUACUACUACUUUAGAACAAUUAUUAUAUGGAAAUAAUAGUAAUAAUAGUAGUUAUAUUGGAAAUAUUAAUGAUGGUAUUGAUCAUAUUCAACAAUAUGACAACACGAAUACAAUUGAUCACACAAUACCAUUCAAUUACAUGAAUAAUAAUAAUAAUAUUUUCUAUGAAAGAAUACAACAAUUAUUAAAAGUUUAUACACAAACAAAUAUGAUGAAGUGUAUAUUAUUCUCUAGUGAAUAUAAUAAUAGCUGUAAUGGUAAUACUAAUCAUAACAUCAACGAUAACAUUCUUCCUUCUUCCUGCAACAUGACACUUUCAUCUAUUAAUCAUCAAUCAAUUGGAUAUAAAGAUAAUGAUUUAUAUGAAUUGUUAAAACAUAUCUAUUUACCAGAGAUUAAUUUAAUUAAAAGUUCAAAAUUAACAGCAAAAUUAAAACGUAAACAAAUUUGUUCAUUGAUUUAUUUGAAUAGCAUACGUCGUGAACUAGGCCUAUCAUCAAAGAAUAAUAAUAAUAAUAAUAAGGAUGAAAACGAAAAACUCCAAACAAAAAUGACCUAUUCAUCAUUUAUUCUAUUUUAA